GAAACAAAGAUAAACUUUAUGUAAUUAAGGAUGUGUUAUCAGGUAAAAUAAAAUAAAAUGACAAGGAGUAAAAACCGAAAUUACAAAGAGCUCCACAAACACGUGUCCACUAUUUGAACUCCUCUCUCUCUCUCUCUUUUGCUUUCCUUCUGAGGACGAUCCUCUCUCUCUCUCUCGCGAAUCCAAUUUCUCCAGAUAACAAAAAAAAAACCUAAUACUGCGCAUUUUAGCAAGAUAUGGUUCUUCCAGAGUAAGAAACUAAGAAGAAGAAGAAGAAGAAACUGAGUAAGACCUACUCAAAAUCUCUCUCCCAAGCUUCAUCGAUUUCUCUCCGUUUCUCACUUGACUAUGGCCGAGCUACAGUCAGUAGAAGGUCACCAGAUUAACGGCGGAUUUAUCCCGCCGGCGUUAAUAACCUCCGGUGAAGCACCGGAAACAUCCGCCGCGGCAGCAGUUUCAGUCGGAUCGAAACGAUUGAGAAGGCCUAGCGUUAGGUUAGGAGACAUCGGCGGCGACCAGUACCACCAACACGUGGUUGCGGCUUACGAUUCGCCGCACGUGCGACGGCCGAAAUGGAGGCCGAGUGGUGGUGGUAACAGAAAAGAGAGUGGGAGGACGACGUCUUCGUCGAGGACGAGAACUAUGACGAAUUUGAGCUCCGGGUAUGAGAACACCGGAACCCUAGAUGAAGAUCCGAUUGCGAUUGGGAGUUGGCGGGUUAAGAAAUGGGUCAAAUCGUCCGGUGGAGAGACGGCUGCGACGAAUACAGCUUCGGCGAAGCGGGCUCGGUCGAAUUGGGCGGCGAGAAACGAUGGCGUAGAGCAGGGAGGUGAGAAAAUGAGUGGAGAAGAAGAGGAAGAGGAAGAAGAAGAUGAAGAUGAAUUGGGAGAAGAAGGGUUUAGGGAUUUUAGCAGAGAAGAUUCGGAGAGUCCGAUGAAAGAGCAAACGCAGGAGAAUAGGAGAAGGUACGAGGUUGAGUUGUCGGGAGAUUGGCAAAGUGGAGGAAGAGGAAGAGAAGGAGUUAAGAUAUGGUUACAAGAGUUAGGGUUAGGGAGAUAUUGGCCUAUGUUUGAGAUGCAUGAAGUUGAUGAACAAGUCUUACCAUUGUUGACAUUGGAGGAUCUUAAAGACAUGGGGAUCAAUGCUGUUGGAUCUAGGAGGAAGAUGUAUUGUGCGAUUCAGAAGCUUGGGAGGGAGUUCUCAUGAAGAGUUUUGGUUUUUGUUUUUGUUUUUUUUUUGUGACAGCCAUUGGCAAUGUAAGCUGCAAUGUCUGAAGCUCUUUAUUUUCUUCAAUAUUUGGAUGUUUUGUUUGGAUGUAACAAUUAGUCAUAGUAGUGUUAGUUGUUGUAAUAUUAGAGGAUGAUGAUGAAGAAGGAUUAUUAACUCA